AUGGAACAGUCAUUAGAUAAAGAACUAAUUUUAAAUGCAACCAACCUCAAUGCGAAAGAAACAACAGAAAAUGUCAUGAUACUAGGUUUGGAUGAAGAUGCAAACUUAGAUUCAGCGCAAAUUUUCUUCGAAGAAGAAUUUACUAUCUGCAAUAUUCAUAAUUUUAUACAAGAAUUAUUACAAAAUACGAAUAAUUAUACAAUAUACCUUACAGAUUUUCAAACAGAACAAUUAUUUGAUUGGCUUGCUGAAAAUGAUCUUGAUCAAGAAAAUAAUCUUAUCAUUUUAAAGCUAUUAGAAUUAUACACAAUGCAUUUUUGCACAAACAAGUCUUUUGAUUUUCCUGAUGAUGCUCUUUCCAUAUUGUUACCAUAUAAAUUCACUAUAUCUGCUCUUAAUAUUUUUUCAGAAAUGAUCAAUAGAAAACAUGAUACUGUAAAUACUCUUGAUAGAUUACUUAGCAAAGGAAUUUUUAGUACAAUAAAUUCAAUUUUAGAAUUUCCAAAUGAUUUAUGUGAUUCAGCAUUACACCUUCUAGCUACAAUUUAUUCAACUGCGUUUGAUGCAAUUAACAUUGAUUUGCCAUUCAAUUCAAUAAUGACAAAUAAAAUAUAUUUGGAUUUUCCAUCAAAUUCAUUCUUAGUUUUAAAAGCUUAUAUUGGAAAAUCUCAGGGGAAUGCAUUAAAAUUCACAGAAUUUAAUGCAACAGAUAUUUUUUCUAAUAUUGUUCAAUUUCCAGAAUCAGUAUUUAUUGCUGUUCAAUUUUUUAAUGAAUUAGUUUGCCAGAUUGAUGAUUUAAAUAAUUUAUUGGACGAUUAUAAUGUAGCUAUAUUUUUUAAUUGGAUAAUUGAAAAUUCAUCAAAAACAAAUAAUUUAUUUUCAAAAUCAGUACCAUACAUCGAAAACAUUUUAUAUAAUCAUUUCGUUUGUCAUUCUUAUGAAGCAGUAUCAUAUAUCGUUGAUUGGCUAAUUUCGAAUAAUUUGUAUCAAAUUAUUUUUGAUAUUCUAUCGUCAUGUUCUUCCGAGUGCCAUAAUAGUUAUAUUAAAAUGCUAUGCUAUAUGCUGAUAUAUUCAACUCCAGGCCAAAUUAAUUAUUUAAUAAAUCAAAAUCCACUAUUAAUAAUACUUGGAGAAGAAGUUUCAGCAACAUGCAAUAGGGAGAUCAUAAAUAUGAUUUCUCAAGCAUUUGGAACUAUUGCAAAAUACCUUCGUAUUCAAAUUCAAGGCCCUCAGAAAAUUGAGAAUAUCAAGAAAAAAAUUGACAAGGAUUUUACCAAUUUAUUGGCAAACUACGAUAUACAAUUGAAUUCCACUUGUCUCAAUCAUCCGUUGAUCAACAUGCCACCAGGCCUUAGAGAAGAAUUAAUCGAAAUUUUAGAUCCUGAUGAUGAAUUCGGAUGCUUACAAAAGUUUAUAGAUGAUAUAGAUACUCUAAUGUUUGAUAGCUAA